UAUGAUUGGAGGCAGAAGGUUGUUUCUUUCAAUUGAUUACAUUAUUUGAAUUAUCCUAUAGACUCUUACAACUGAGAUAGCAACUAUCAAGGUGGACUGCUAUCAGACUCGAACAUGAAACUUGAUGAAAUUGAAGAGCAGCAGAUCAAAAAUCCAAUAUGCUUUACAUUAUGUGAGAUUUAUGUUGAACUAUGAGAAUAUUUCUAGACUUAUAACGUCUAUUGAGGACAGGAGAAAAUCAAGUGCCAUGCUACAGCUUAUCAAAAACUUGACAAAGUUUGACUCUUAUUAACAUGUUACUGUUUAGGGUUCUUUCUUUUGUUGCUUAAUUCUUGAUUAUUCUGAUCUUUAGUUGUUGUUUUGUGAAUUGUCAGAUGAUGAAGUCCUAUGUGUGGCUUCAAACUUCUGAUGGUUCAAUACAACAAGUAGAACAAGAGGUUGCUAUCUUCUGCCCCUUCAUAUGUAAUGAAAUACACUCAGGCAUGGGAUCUUCUAAGAAUUAUCCCAUCAUCCUUCCACCACGGGUCAAUCCACCCAUGUUGAGUUUGAUUUUUGACUACUGCCGGUUUCAUCAAGCACCUGGACACUCUAACAAGGAGAGGAAGUCUUUUGAAGAGAAAUUUGUUCGGAUGGAUACAAAAAGGCUUUGUGAGUUGACGUCAGCUGCUGACAGCCUGCAACUGAAGCCAUUGGUUGAUCUAACCAGCCGUGCACUUGCACGGGUUAUUGAAGGGAAGUCUCCGGAAGAGAUACGGGAGAUAUUUCAUCUGCCUGAUGACCUUACAGAGGUGUCUUGUGCUUCCAAUCAGUGUACAUGCUCAGUGUGCUUUUUUUAG